AUGGCUUGGAUGGCUGGGAGGCUGCAAACUGGGCACUGGGCGUCACUGCCGUCGCAAACCCUGUUGGCGCAGUCCACGCAGAAAAAGUUGUGGCCACAGGGCACCAGUGCGUGGGUGACCUUGGCAUCGGAGCACACCAGGCAUUUGGUGGCCGAGCUGAGCAACGAAUCAGCAGGGGAGGUGCUGCUGGAAGGGGAGGGGCGCGUCGGGGCGGAGACUGAGGCCGCGUUGGCAGGGUUGGCACCGCCCGCGGACGCGGGCGUUGGCGAGUCUCCAAGUCCCUCAUCCCUGUCGCUUCCGCUCCAGAUGGCGCCCAGAUCUCUUCCGUUACUGCUGGAGCUGCUGGAGCACGAUCCGGAGCUAGAAAAAGCGCCGCUGCUUCCCGUCGACGAGGUCAUGGCGGGAAAGAAACUCAUUGGACUUUGCACAGAUGGCGCACCUGCAAUGAUAGGUGUACGAUCGGGCUCAGCUAAAAAGCUCAAGGAAAAAAAUCCCGCUAGGGUUAGUACACAUUGUGUUAUUCAUCGGCAAGCUCUGGCUUCCAAAACAUUGCCACAGAAAUUACGCCAGACUUUGGACUCGCCUAUAAGUAUUGUAAACUACAUGGAGUGCAGCGCUUUGAACAGUCGGUUAUUUACUUUACUUUGCGAGGAUCUCGAUUCUGAUCACAAAGUUCCUCUGUUCCAUACAGAAGUACGCUGA